AUGCACUGUGCGAGCGUGUCGAUACGGCUACUGGGGAAAGUCAUAGCGGUAUGCCAGGCUGUCGAAGGCUCUUUGCCUGGUUUCCGGUUCAAGGCGGAUAGCAUCGCUUAUGCGAAGCUUAAGGAAGAAAGCUUUGCCUUUUUGAGAGGUAUGCUCUUACUCUUCGUAAAUAGGUGGUAUGGAGAUCGGUCCAGCUCGAAAGGUCGUACUGGUCCCAAGUGUACCCAACGGAGCGAGGUGUCUGUAAGUAAUAGAGUCAUUGGGGAAAGCACGAGAAGCGAGACAGCAAAGAAAGGAAAUCGAAAGCAGCAAAGGAAGGAAGGCAAGUCAAUAGGGACCCAGAGAAAGAAUCCCCAGGGCUGUGAAAAGCUCUUCCGUACAUGA